AUGCCUGGUGUCAACCAGAUAUCAACUCCAUCUACUUUGCACUCGCCAACACGCUCACCGAGAAAAUCAUCGCACUCCCGAUAUUACCCCACGCCUCUCUCCAUGUCUCCCAACGCCAACCACAACUCACUCCACUACCCCCCCUCUUUCGACCCCCACCACACUUCUUCCCGGUACCCCUCCAACCAGGGGCACGCGCAUUCGCAUAGCCGAUCGUACUCUCAUUCGUCCUCCCAUUCUCACCGGACGGCUGCGCCCCAGGGGACGUAUUCCGUGUACUCACCGUACCGCCCGGGCGAGUAUGGGCGGUCGGAAAGGGGGGUGAUGAUGGGGGAUAGGACGGGGACGGGGACGGGGGUGGAGAGGAAGCUUUUUGUAGAAGGGGAUGAGGUGCAGGAGGAGGAAGGGGGUUGGAGGGGGCAUAGGGCGAGUUCGCCUUUGGCGCCUGCUUUUGAGCCAAAGAUGGUAUUGCGGAAUGGGGCCAGCAUUGAUCUUAUUUCUUGGCUACGAACAAACUUUAUUCACUCGGCCCCACCGCACAACGCCAUCACACCCCCCAUGCCGCUCAACGGCAUCCGUCACUUGCUGCUCGAACGUUUCCCCCGAGCACCAGAAGUGUCGGAAAUCCACAAAGCCGUCCUCGCUGCUUUCCCGCAUUCACAGUGGGACUAUGCCGAGAACAAUUCAGAGCCGCCGAGUAUGCGGGGGCUGAAGUGGGCGGGGAGGGAUGUGGAGGAGGAUUAUGAGCUGGAGGAGGGGUAUGAGGCGAGGUAUAGGGAGGGGGCAAAUGGGGCUGUGAAUGGGGCGGCUCGACAGAGUCAGCCGAGGGGGAGGAUCAGUAAUGGCAACGGCACAAAACAGUCUCGUAGCCCGACGCAGUCGACGCUCGUCUCGCCCAUCUCGAGCUCCAAACGACCUCUCCCCGACACCCCCGCCCGCUCCGUCCUGGAAGAGUUUGCCGAAAUCGCAACCCUCACAGGCAAGACCCCCGGCAGCCGUACCAAGUCCCUCCCCGGGGAGACCCUCGCUGCUUCCCCCGACUCUGCCGAUCUUGCAGUGGAAGAUGGGCUGCUGCUAAAGGGCAAGAAGCGCGUAGCGACAGAUUCGCCCGAGAGGAGCGGGGGGCAUCAGCGAAGAGCGAGUUCGUCCGAUAAGCUGCAUGGGCUGUUGGCAGCGGCGGAAGCGGUGGAAGGUUCGCCUUUGACGACUAUCCUCCCUCCCAACGCUACCGCGAGCGCGAAUGCGCACAAGAGACGAAGGACUAUUGGCGGGUCUCCGCCUGCGCGCGAGAUGAUGGCUUUCCCACGCCGGGCGCUGAGUGCGAGGGGGACGAUGUCGCCGCCGCCUGUGAAUGGGAUGGGGCAUGGUCAGAGGGGAAGUGGGAGUGGGAAUGGGUUGGGGCAGGUGGAGGAGAAUGUGGAUUAUGUGGUACCGCUGAACGACACGGCAUUCGCAGCGCCCGCUUCUGCUUCUUCUUCAUCCUCUGCCCUUCCCGGUCCGCUUACUGCCACCGCCAACGGCAAACCCACCUCCUCCUCCGCCGCCGCGACGCCUUCCCGCACCAGCCGCAAAUUGAACGAACUACCCACAGACGGCGACCGACCAGGGUUCGACUGCAAGCCUCCGUAUCCGUACCACGAGAUGAUUCGGCAUGCGAUCGAGCAGGCGCCGGAUAGGAGGUUGCAGUUGAAUCAGAUUUAUGCGAGUAUUGCGGAGAGGUUUCCGUUCUUCAAGACGUUGGAUGAGAAGAAGACGGCGGGGUGGCAGAAUAGUAUUAGGCACAACCUUUCCCUCAAGAAAAUGUUUGUGAGGGUAAACAAGAUUGAUGGGAUCCCCGAUGAUACUGCCGGUAAAGGUGGCUGGUGGACCGUCAUUCCUGGUGUACCGGACGAAGGAAGACCGGGCCGCAAAGCCAAAGCCCGCAAAGCCAAAGAACUCGCCGCCCGCCAACUCUUGAUCGACCAGCAAGCCGCCGAAGAAGCCAAAGGUCUCGACGAGGCCCGUGCGCGCGAUCGCGGCGGCGAGCACGACGGCCCCGAACCCUCCCCCGCCGAGCUUGCGCGGAUGGACCGUGAGAGGAUGAUGGAUAUGGAAAGGCAGAGGGAGCGGGAGCGGGAGCAUGAGCUGAGGCAGAGGGAGAAGAGGGAGAGGGAAGCGAGGGAGGCGAUGGCGUGGGUGGAACAGCAGGAUAGGGCGGAGAUGGCGGAGAGGGAGAGGAGGAGGAAGGAGGGGAAGGAGAAUGAGCCGCUUUUGGCCGGGGCUGGGGGGAGGGUGCUGAUGGGUGAAGCGCCGAGAGAGUAUGUGGCUGGGGAUAAGCGGCCGGAAGGGUGGAUGGGAGGGAUGAAUGGCUGGGCGUAG